AGAUCAUUUAUUUAGCUAUCAUGACAGUAAGCAAAUCAGUCUGGAACAGAUAACCUUCAUCAAGAUCAAAAAUGUCAGAACUGGAAAGUAACAAACGAAGAGCAAUCAUAUCUUUUUGGUUGUUUGGGUUAUGCAACAAUUUUGGAUAUGUCAUUAUGCUUUCUGCUGCUUAUGAUCUAAUUUCUAAAGAUAGUACAGAUGGUGGAUAUUGUGGGAAAAUAUCGACUGGAGCUAUCUUGCUUGCAGAUGUUUUGCCAGCACUAGGGAUUAAACUGAUAGCACCUACAUUUAUUCACAAGAUUCACUACAAUGUAAAAGUGAGUGGUGCUGCUUUCAUAUCUUUUGCCUCCUUCAUCAUGGUGGCAAGUUCCACCAACUUUACAUUAAUUCUAUUCGGAGUGGCAUUAGCUGCAUUGAGCUCAGGAUUAGGAGAAGUCACCUUCUUAGCUCUUACUUCUCACUUUGAAAGAGCGGUGAUAACAUCGUGGAGUUCAGGAACCGGUUUUGCUGGAAUACUUGGUGCUACCAUAUAUCUAGCUCUCAACAUCAUCCUCUCUCCUUCUCAAACCAUAUAUCUCAUGGUCAUUGUUCCUGGCAUUCAACUCAUUACGUAUUGGUUUAUAUUGGUCCGUCCAGCUACUCUAAACGAACCUCCUGGAGGCUUCCAACCACUUCUUGAGUCAGAAGAGGAUGCAGUCAGUGUUGGACAGACAGCUGACAGAACAGCGGACUCUGGAAAACUCUCUGCUAUCAAGAAUACUGUUGUGAAGAUUAAAUGUGGUGUUAUGGAUCUGAAGUAUUACAUGGGGUCCCUGUUUCUGGUGUAUGCUAGCGAGUACCUGAUUAACCAAGGAAUGUUCGAGAUCAUGUGGUACAAGAACAUAUCCUGGAGCAUGAAGGUUCAAUACAGAGUGUACCAAGUGAUAUAUCAGUGUGGUGUUACUAUAUCCAGAUCGAGUGCCAGCCUGAUUCACUUCAAGAGAAUACAUAUUUUCAGCAUAUUACAGUUUGUGAACCUGAUUGUGUUUGCGUGUGAAGCAAGAUACCAGUUCAUCCCCACUAUUUGGAUAACAAUUCUUCUGAUCCUUUACGAGGGUCUUCUGGGAGGGUUGUGUUACGUUAACGCUUUCUACAGCAUCUACAAUGAGGUUCCAGCUCAUCGCAGAGAGUACUCUCUGGGAUUAGCAUCAGUUUCUGACAGCUUUGGAAUAGUGGUUGCUGGAGUGCUUUCUACUUUCAUCCACAACUACAUUUGUAAAUUCAGAGUGUCUUAGAGAGUAGCUAUAUGACGGGAGCUGGAUUUUGGUUGACUGUUCUCUGCCAGCUCAAACAUGUGGAGGAACUCAUUUAACGCCACGUGGUUACUGGUUACCCAGGCAACGUGGUUACCCAGGCUACGUGUCACGUGGUUACCCAGGCAACGUGUCACGUGGUUACCCAGGCAACGUGUCACGUGGUUACCCAUGCAACGUGCCACGUGGUUACCCAGGCUACGUGUCACGUGGUUACCCAGGCUGCGUGUCACGUGGUUACCCAGGCUACGUGUCACGUGGUUACCCAGGCAACGUGUCACGUGGUUACCCAGGCAACGUGUCACGUGGUUACCCAGGUAACGUGCCACGUGGUUACCCAGGCAACUUGUCACGUGGUUACCCAGGCAACGUGUCACGUGGUUACCCAGGCAACGUGCCACGUGUAGUGAACAUACCAGAGAGCAUUCCAGUCAUAAAAUAGUAUACUUUAAUACUGAUUUUUCUUCCCUCCAAUUAUAGAUACAUGUUAUUUUGUAGUUUUUAGAUGUAUCUUGAUGAGCACAGUAUAAUGGUGUACAAUUAAAUGUUGUAAAAUAUCUUUUUAUUUUGUAAUUAAUUCAAGUAAAAUAAGUAAGUAAUUAUGUAGUACCAUCUACCUUGUUAUCUUAUCAAUUAAUGCAUAGUUUUUGAUACUGAUCUGAUAAACAUAUUAUUGCAAUACAACUCUAUUAACCGUUUGUUUUGUAGGGUUACGUCAUGAUUUAAAUUCGCGUCUUUUUUUCUAAAGAAAAGUAAGAAGGAUUGUUGUUCAGUGAUACAUGAUUAAUAAAAAUGGUAAAUUUUCUGAUGGGUUACGUUCAGCCGGUUGGUUUUUAAUUAUCUGUCCGCUUUUACAUUUUGAUUAACGAGUUUUUAUAGGUACUAGAAAUUAUGUAUUUUGAUUUUGCGAUUUUCGCUAUAUUUUAAAAUUUGGAUCAUUAUUGAUACUGUUUUGUUUACAAUAUAAUGAUAAUAUUGUAUUAAUUUGCCUUAACGUUUUCAAUAAUUGUUGAGUUUGUGUCAAAAAUGGAUACC